AUGGGAGGCUUCGAGCGAUUUCUACGAACCACAGUUGGCGCCCUAGAACAACUUGCCGUCAAUGCGCAGAAUCACAAUGCGUCUUCUUCUUCUUCGAAUGUGCAUCAGCAGCAACCUAUGCAUUACAACCCACCAGUAGCAGCACAACCAACAACGAGUGCACCCAUUCCACAGUACUUUAACAAUGCACCAUUCUCGUCCUUGGUAUAUCCUGCACCUGAUGGCAACCUCGUAUACAGGCCAUAUACCGAGAAGGGCGAUAGGAUUAUUGACUUUUCGAGUGCUGGAUACAAUGAAGGAUGGACACCUUUACCCGACAACGUCAAAGUGGCUCGUAUCCUGGAUCCGAAUCCUGGCAACGACAACGACGACGAUGCUACGCGUAUUCAAGAUGCUAUCAAUGAUGUGGCAACGAUGCCUAUGGAUCAGGGAACUGGAUUUCGUGGUGCUGUGCGGUUGAAUCCAGGUACCUAUCGUCUUGGACACCCAAUUGAGAUAAAUGCAUCCGGCAUUGUACUACAAGGCGAUCCUCAAGGUGGCACUGUUUUGGAAGCGACAACGGAUCCACUUAACACACCACACAUUUUCAAGAUUCAAGGAGAACCCAAUGUCAUGGCCAAGAAACGUGUACCAGUGGUGGAUGAUUAUGUGCCUGCAGGUGCAUAUCAGCUACGUGUUCGCGACAAGGGAAGAUUCAAUGUUGGUGACUCUGUAUUGGUGGGCGUGGCAUUCAAUGACACUUUCAUCAAGGCUAUUGGCAUGGAUGUGAUUCAUCCCAAAGGGAACACCGCCAAGAACAAUGGAUGGAAACCAGGUCGUUUUGAACAUCAUCGUCGUGUCAUUCGAGUCGAUAACGAUGUCAUCACCCUCAAUGCACCUCUCACAACAAGCUUAUCCAAAGAAUUCGGUGGUGGAUUUGUGGAGAAAUAUGAUAAUCGUCGUGUGCACCAUGUGGGUCUCGAAUACUUCGAAUGUCGAUUUCCCGCCAACCGGGAUCGAGGACCAGACGCCAUCACAGCUUCACAACCAAAGAACAAAAAGGUCAAGGAUUAUCGCUUUGCAGAUGAGAUGUUUGAUCACCUCAUGGUGGCUAUGGAUCAUGCAGAGAAUUGUUGGAUUCGACAAGUGCGAUCCGUAUGGUGGCGCAAUUAUGCACGUCUUGGCACUAAUACUGUAGCAGUAACCAUGCAUCAAUGUCAUCACACAUUUCCACAACCUCCUUCCAAUGAUCCAAAGAAACCUAUGCCGCUGGUCGGCCAAUUUGCCUUUGAGAUAUCGGGACAACUUAUCCUCAUUGAACAUUGCCACGUCGAGUACAGCUUUCAUGCCUACUCUUACAAGGGUCGGGUGCCGGGUCCUAACGUGGUGUAUCAAAGCGAUUGUGUUGCAAGAAAUGGUGAUGUUGGUCCACAUAUGAAAUGGUCAUCAGGACAAUUGUAUGAUAAUUGCAACAUCGAAGGACAAAUGAUCAUUCAAGAUAGAUUUGAUGCUGGAUCAGGCCAUGGAUGGUCAGGGGCGCAUAGCGUUGUCUGGAAUACGGUUGCCCAUGCUGGUAUGAUUGUUCAAAAGCCACCCGUAGGUCACAACUUCCUUAUUGGCAGCUCCUCAAAACGAGCCAAAGCACGUAUGCCACAGCAUCCAUGGGCUUGGGAAGAGCAUCCUGAUACCAAGGUCAAUCCACCCAGUUUAUACGUUGCCCAACUUUCCCAGCGUAGACGACACACUCCUCCUAUGUAA